GCCGUGAGGUAGAAAAAGGAGGGGCUGCUCACGGGGAGGGGGCAGAGAGAAGACCCCCCACUCCACCCCCCCUGAACGGAAGAGAGGCGACGGCGUUAUUAUACAAAGAGAGACUCGAGAAGCGCCUACGAAGGUGUGUUAAACAGUAGUCUUCAUUAUUUUCAUAAAAUAUUUAUAGAAAAACAUGACUCCAUUAAAAUUACAUGGAUCUGUUCGCAUGAGGAGCAUACAAACCGGGACUACAAAAUGGAAAGAAGGAACAUUUGAAAUUGUGGAUAAAGAAAGCAAAGUAAUUUUGGUAGUUCACUACAAUGCUGGAGGAAUUCCAAAAAUGUUUCCGCUGAACCAUAAUAUAAAAAAUGUAGUUGUACGACAAAGUAAAGGGAAAUUGUGUUGCUUGAUGAUAACACUGAAGGAUUCUAGUGUUUUGACUCUUGAUAUACCAUCUAAAGAUGCUAAUGAAAUGAAGCUGUAUCUAGAAGCUAUUCAGAACAAGAUUCAGGACAGGUUACCCUGGAGUGUGAAAUUAUCUCAUGGAUCUGGCAGUUUUGGAGGAGUUUUAAGCAAUAGAGCCAUGCAGAAGGAUUCCAACAGACAGCUACCUUAUAGUGAUGGAGAGGCUAAAUUGAAAAGAGUGAUUGCAGAAAAUAAAGAUGAAGCUCCAUUUCGUAAAGUAUUCAGCCCAGGAAGAGCACCAAUUAAGAAUUCUCCAGUAACUGGAAUGUCUUACAGCAGAGGUAAUAUUUCAGCUACUGCUACUUCCACUCACAGAAAUGGAUUAUUAGAAAAUCGGUAUGAAAAAAGGAGGAAAAAGACAUCCCCUGCGGUUGAGAUGAAUGAAGAUUAUCCUAAAGAAAAUGAUUCAUCAAGCAAUAACAAAGCCAUGACUGAUCCAUCAAGGAAAUUUUUGCACAGCUGCAGAGACAAACAGAUGCAUUUGAAACAGGCUGAGGAAAAUAGGAUAUCAGGGGUUUUGCCUUUACAGUCAUCUUCAUUUUAUGGUAGCAGAUCUUCCACAAAGGAUUAUUCAGCUAAUAAUUCUAAUUUGGACAGAUCUAAUGUAUUGAAUCCUUCGGCCAAAAGAAGCUUAGGUUUUCUGUCUCAGCCAGCCCCUCUUUCUGUCAAAAGACUGAGAUCUAAUCAGGAUUACACAGGAUGGAACAAGCCUCGAGUUCCUCUUACUACUCAUCCACAGCAGCAGUUACAAGGAUUUACAAAUUUAGGAAACACUUGUUACAUGAAUGAUUUACAGUCUUUAUUUUCAAUUCAAUCAUUUGCUAAUGAUCUUUUGAAGCAAAGUAUUCCAUGGAAAAAAGUUCCAUUCAAUGCAUUGAUCAGACGAUUUACCAAUUUACUUGCUAAAAAAGAUUCAUGUAGCCCUGAAGUAAAGAAAGAACUACUCAAAAAGGUUGAAAAAUUCAAUUUCAGCUCAGCAGAGAGAUUCUCUGGCUAUAUGCAAAAUGAUGCUCAUGAAUUCUUAAGCCAGUGUUUGGAUCAGUUGAAGGAGGACAUGGAAAAGCUGAACAAAACUUGGAAAAGUGAGCCUAUUUCUAGUGAAGACAACUUGUCCGGGGCGCAUUCAGAUGACUUUUCAGCCACUAAAGUUUAUACAUGUCCAGUAAUUGCAAAUCUAGAAUUUGAAGUUCAGCAUUCAAUCAUAUGUAAAAUGUGUGGUGAAACUGUCAUCAAGCGGGAACAAUUUAAUGAUCUUUCCAUUGACUUGCCACGAAGGAAAAAGCUGCUUCCGUCUCGAUCAAUCCAAGAUUCUUUGGACCUCUUUUUCCGGGCAGAAGAAAUAGAAUACUCCUGUGAGAAGUGUAGUGGAAAAUCUGCUCUUGUUACACACAAAUUCAGUCGAUUUCCCAGGGUUUUAAUACUUCAUCUGAAACGGUACAGUUUCAAUGUGGUGCUCUCCCUCAAUCACAAAGUAGGGCAGCAAGUGGUUAUUCCAAGAUUUUUGACCCUGCAGUCACACUGUACAGAAAGCACAAGGCCCCCACUUAAUCUUGGAUGGAGUGCACAAUCAGCCAUUUCUCGGCCAUUAAAAGUGUCCCAAAUGGCGAAUUCCUGCUCUGUAAUGACUUCUACACCUUGUCGAAAAUACUCAUUCAAAAAUAAAGGUCAUAUUUUAAAUUCUUUGGAUUCAGACAGUGAAGAAGAACCACUAAAACGUCCUGUUGCAAACAGUCAGAAACAGUGUGAUUUCCAGAGCAGGGAACAGCAGCAAGAGGAGCUUGAGAAAAGCUCAAAGAAAAGUAAAACAGAAAAUCCCAAAACCCCAGAGAAUAGUGGGCUCGAAACAAUGACUGAAGAUGAACUUCUAGCAGCUGUCCUGGAGAUUAGUAAACGUGAAGCAUCGCUAUCAAGCAACGAUGAAGACAAGCCAACAAAUAGUCCCGAUACUGGCUUUGGAGAUGAUGAGAUGCAAGAGUUGCCAGAUAAUAUGGAAGUUAAGGACACUGAUAAACCCAAAACUACUGCAGAGUCUGGUUAUGCCAACUUGACCAAGGUAACUAAAGAUUUUGAUGAAAAUAAAGAAAACAAAACUCCAGAAGGCACUCAGGGGGACGUUGAUUGGCUGCAACAGUAUGAUAUGGAAAGGGAAAGGGAGGAACAAGAACUACAGCAAGCUUUGGCUCAGAGUCUCCAAGAACAAAGGCGGCGGGAGCAGAAAGAGGAUGAUGAUCUUAAACGUGCCACUGAAUUAAGUCUACAAGAGUUUAACAGUUCUCUCCUGGAUAGUCUUGGCUCUGAUGAUGACUCUGGGAAUGAAGAUUUUCUAGACAUGGAGUACUCUGAAGCGGAAGCUGAGGAACUGAAAAGAAAUGCUGAGACAGGAGAGCUUCCUAAUUCAUAUCGUCUAAUUAGUAUUGUAAGUCACAUUGGAGAUACCUCCUCUUCAGGUCACUAUAUUAGUGAUGUAUAUGACAUUCGCAAGCAGGCAUGGUUCACAUACAAUGACCUGGCAGUAUCAAGAACUCAAGAGGCCUCUGUCCAGAGUGAUAGAGACCGAAGUGGCUAUAUCUUCUUCUAUAUGCACAAGGAUAUAUUGGAUGAAUUGCUUGAAACAGAAAAGAGCCUGCAACUGCCUGGCACGGAAGUGGGGAAGCCAGUCUGAAGAAUGACCCUUUACCUGAGCACAAAGAGUUAAGAACUUUUGCCUAAUGCACAGGAGACAAACCUGAGGAACUCGGGGCAUAGUUGAGAGACAAGCUGCUUCAGAUAUGAAAGGGCCAUUCCAUCCCUUUCUUUGAACUUCAGCAGUCAAUCUUCUGUUAUCCAGAUGUUUUUUUUUAAUGGUUUUGGUUUUGUUCUCUGUUGAGCUAUUCAAAUAAUUUUACCUGCAGCGGAGACGAUCAAGCUAGAGAAUUUAAAAACUUCUUCCAAAACUUAUAAAAGCAUAGUAUGAGAGAAGACCAAAAGAUCACCUAUUAUUAACAAAUGGAGAAGAUCUUACACAUAGGUUGACUUUCUUUCUAUGGAAGAAAAGGUGAGAAAAAAGCAUAAGCUAUACUACAAUUAUACUAUGCCCUGGAAAGUGCAGGUGGCUGAUUGGUUAAAUGGAAGGAUUCGUCUUCAAAUGGACUUCAACACCUAUGAUUUGUAACACUCCAGAAUCCUUCAUUUUCAUCAUUUCAAAUAAUAUAUACAUUUAUGUAUAUUUUAACUUUUUAAAGUUUUUAUUCUUUUUGAAGGCAUUAGUUUCCAAAUACUGUCAUUUGCAGAACAGUUCCCUCUCCCCUUGAGUGUGCAUGGGUUUGUGUAUAUAUAUAUAUUUCUUGUGUUUCAUGGAACAGCUGUGCUGGUUGGGUGGUGAUCGCAAUCCCUUUCUGAGCUGAUACUAAUCAGUAAGUGAAACAGAAAUAGUUUCAACUCUGCACUGGCUUCCAGAGCUGUAUUGUGCUUGAAAGUGGGCAAGGAAUAUGGCGAAAGGAACAUGGAAAUAUAACAGUUUCUUCUUGUGCGAUUGGAAAAAAAACAAAACUCUUAAAUGAUCAGCAUUUGCAAAAAAAUUUCAGAGCAUCAAUAGAGGAGUUGACACUUAAAAGUGUUUGAAUAACUUGCUUAUAUUGGCAAAAAUUAUAUAGGUGCUCGACCCUCAUUUUAGUGCUAGAAGUUAAUAACUGUUAUACCAUUUCCACUUUCAUAGCAAUGAAAUUGCUAAUAAUUGAGAUGUUUCUUGAUUUGCUUCAUAGUAAAAAUAUUUUCUUUGAAAGAGAUAGCAGCUACAUGGAAAAAAUGUAUUUACCCUACUUGUUGGGGAUUUUUAUGUCUUUACUAUUAGAACCUUCUGAAACUACAUUUGAGAGUAGACACGAGUGACAUAGACAAUAGAAUUAUUUGUUGGCUGAAAGGUUUUUAAGAUUAUUGAUAAUUGCAGGCAGUAUUGGAGAACUCUAAAUACAUAAAUAGAAGAUACCAACAGAGUAAAUACUAUCUGAUUAGAAGACAAAGUUCUCAAAAACUACACUGCACCAAAGCAUAAUAGGCUAACUUCUGUCUAAUUUUGUACUGUUCACAAAGGUAGUUCGGUGUGUUUUUAACAAAGAAUAAAGGGAUUUUCUUUGUAAAGAAGAGUAUCUCAGAAUGUGAUAGUCUUGAUUCUAGAGUAAGGCUAGCUGUCUGUUAAUGAAAAAAAAACCUUCAGAUGUUUGACAGAAUCUGGAUUUCUAUUUGCUUGAGCAGUUAUCAAUACAAUUCAGGAAAAAGCAGGAUUUGUAUUGCACUGAUAGCUGAACUUCCAUUCAAGUGAAUGUUACUGAAUAAUUGGUUCCUUCUCUGCCUCCCAUCCAACUCCAGAUACAUCUUAGAUUUCCUUAUGAGUGGAAUAGGAGGGGGAGCAUUUUUCUCCAGUGCUUGUUGUGGUCUCUUGAGAAGGGGCUCUGGAGAGUAGAGGCCUUUAAAUAUAAGGGGAGGUGGCAAACUCAAGUUCGGGGGAAAAAAAGAAAUUCAAAUAAAAUUACAUCUCCCAUUCUCCCUUCUGGCAGGAGGUGGUGUUAGCUUUCAUUUCCUGCUCUGAAUGGAAGGGUCUUAUACAACCCAUUGUAAUUAUGCAGUUAUGUUUUUGGUUCCAUACUUAACAGUGAAGCCAAAUUAACUAAUAUAUAUUCAGUUUCGAACUUGGUGUCUUC